GCGCCAGUGGUCGGCACUGGCCGCAACAUAUGUCGAGUGUUUACAUGCGCCGUCCGCGGCUCGCUUCCGCCCAUCCGUCAGUGUACACCUACACCUACGCGCCUGUACUACAGGUUCGCUUUCGAGGCUCCCCGGGAGUGACAGCGACGACGGCCGCGACGACGACGGCGGCGACGGCGACGACGUUGUAGACGUCGACAUUGACAUCGGCAACCCGAGGUCGAGCGUGAGGGAACGGCGCGAUCUUCUCCGAGGGAGGGCCGCGCGCGACCUGAAAACGCUGCGCUAAGAGGGGAAGUUACACAAAUAAAAAUUCAUCGCGUAGAACGCCGCGCGCGAUCGCGGCCGCCCGAUAAACGAUGGGCAGCUACGCGAGCAGGAUCGCGUCGAUGUCGAACCUGGCCGUGCACAACGUGUACCGGGGCUGCAAGCGCAAGUACAUCGAGGAGUACGACUACGACUCCGAGUCGGACUACAUCGAGCGGACGCUGCACACGCCGAAAAAGAGAAAAUUGCUGACGACGGCACAGUACAUAUACAAGACCCUGUUCCAAGAGGAGAAAGGCAGUGACAUAACUGUCCUCAUACUCGGACGCGCAUGGAGAUUGCAUAAAGUUUAUAUUAGUCAGAGUCCAUAUUUUGCUAGCAUGUUUUCCGGAUCUUGGAGAGAGGCUAACGAACAAGUCAUCACAGUCGAAAUCACAGAUCCUAAUAUUACGAUAAAUUCAUUGUCUGUGGUCCUGGGCUCGUUGUACCAGGACGAAGUCAGUUUGGAGCCGAAAGAAGUGGUUUCUAUCCUGGCAACUUCAACCCUGUUCCAAUUACAAGGCUUAAUAGACGAGUGUGUAGACAUAAUGAUAGAAACUACGAAUAGCGAGACUGUUGUAUCAUAUUAUAAUGCAGCUGUGUCGUAUGGUGUGCCUACUGUGAAAGCAGCUGCGAAACGAUGGCUGGAGGUCAACCUAUUGGGUUACGGAUGGCGACAUCCGUCCUUCUUGAAGGAGAUCACGCCAGACGUGAUGACAGAAUUAGUUGCCAGUCCCGAUUUGGUCGUUUUGCAAACGGAGUUUUGCAUAUACAUGAUGUUACGCUUGUGGUUAUUUGCACAUAUACAUGAUUAUGAGGAGACGCUAAAGGUCGACGACUACUUCAAAAAUCACAAGUGGACCGAACCGUUUUUAAUGACCGAAGAAGGCAAGAAGUACGCGGCGCCCUUCAAAGCACUGAGGAUGAAAUAUUUGCUGUUGCACGAGCAAGACGACAAAAUCUUGUACAGCGAUAAUCUAAUACCACCAGACUGGCUGCACAGUGCUUACAGAGAACAGUGGCUUCACUUGUUGAGAGUGGAUGGAAAUAAAGACAGAGGUCCGAUGCGAAUGACGGAGGAGGAAUUCUCUAAGGAGUGCUUUCGGUGCGGUAGAUGCGUCGAGAAGCCAGGCGAACACGUUUGGAGAUGGAAGGCAUUCCAUUAUGGAUUAGAUUUACUGAUGACCUUAGAUACAACCAGCCUGCGGAUCGAGAGGAACCACAGAAUAGACUGCGAUCACAUCAAGGCAAACCACAAAGAGCAUAAAAUACUGAUAAAAGUAUGUCUAUUUUCACUGAACGAACAACGCCAAGUGAAACACGUUCAAGACUCGCGUAUGCUGAGACUUCGCUUGAGGAGGAACACGGAACACGAGAUAAUGGCCCUGGACAAACAGUUAUGUUAUCCCCUGUACAUAUCGGUCAACAUGCAACUAGUCACUCCACUUACGUUAGGCCAAGAGGACACGUCGACUGACAUACUUUCGGAUACUUAGCAUUUCGUUAAUGUAAUGCUUCAUGAACAUGUAAAGAUAAAGGAUAUGGGAUCCAACUGACGCUUUGUAACAUAUUCUAUUUAAUUACGAAUGUUAGACGAAGUUCGUAGAGACACAAGUUACUAUUUGGCACUUAACACUUAAAUAGGAAGAGAUACGGAUCUCCGGUAGAAACUAAACUUUUUUGUUCUUUACAGGAGAUACACUGAGAGAUCCACUCCUACCGUAUUCAUUUUUAACAAGUACUUUAGCACCAACUUUUGGAGACGAUUUUUUUCUCACUGAUAAUAGUUCCCAGUUUUUAAGUCAACGACAAACAAUUGAAAUAACAGACAAUUAAAUUUAUAUUAUUUGAAUAUAGAUAGUAAAAUCAUACUUUUAAUAAUUUCAAUUUUGUGACGAUACACAUACACGAUACUGAAAAUUGUCGGGCGAGUUAUAGAUGUGCAAUUCAAUAUUUUUAAGAAAAAGAAAUCAUCUUCAAGUAGGCUGAAGAAUCCGCCAUUAAAAAAUAACACGGUAGAAAUGGGGAUCGCGACAUACUUGUAUAUCAGUGUAUAUUAACGCAUUUGAUACGGUCGAUGCAUUUCGAUGUGGUUCACAUUAAUUAUAGCGGUCAUUCCAACAAGCUUUAGUCACUAGAUAGAGAUUUUAAUCCUUCGUAUACCGAGAGAUAUCGUGGUGCAUGAUAACGCUGUAAAUGCUGUUUAAGUGGUCAUUCCUAAACACAUUUUUGACUGAUUAAAAUCGCAUCAGUGGUAAGAUCCGAUCGGAUACACGAUGUAUGUACAGCCAAAUACCGCUCGUCCUGUAUCGAAUUUGAUCCUUUUUUGUAAUUGGUUCGUACACAACUUCACAAAUGCCAAAUAGUUGUAUUAGGCUAUUAGAAGAGGAUCUAUUUUUUUUUUUUCGUUUUUUUCGAUUGACUUUAAUUAUAACACGAUCUCCUUUUUUUUUCCAUACUCGAAAGAAUUGAAGUUAAUUGAUAUCGAAAGAAAGAAAAGGUUUCGGGCUUUCAUCGAGAUCGGAAGAUUAGCGAAUAAAGUUUCUAGUUUGCAGUACACACGCAUUUUUAGUUUGCAAUAGUUUACGCUUUAUUACUACUAUCGAUACUAUUUUAUUUGCAAGACUGUUCGCAUCUCGUAUAGCAUUAUUGCAGUAUUAUAUUUUUGUUUCCGUUUUAUAAGAAAAAAACUCUAAAAAAUUUAAUCUAAAAAAAUCUUUUAUGUUUUUUUACGCUGUAUCUAUUCGCAAGGAAACAAUUGAGAGAAGGAAAGCUUUAAUAUCUUUAAUUUAAACACGUUGUUUAGGGAAAUGAUCGAAUGCUCUUUUGUCUUCCUGUCAUUAAAGAGUUUUCUUCGAUUCUGGUGCCUUUUUAACCUACUAAAAAGGGCGAAACUAAUGUGCGUAUAUAAGCAAACUAACUUUCACAAUACGCAUAAGAUAAUAAAUUUUUGUAGUAUUUUCUUUUGUAAAGGUUUUCUUACUACGACAGCUGUUCGAUGAAAUUAUAAUAAAAAUGUAAACACGCA